UUGGUACAAGUGCUAAUAAAUACUUCUUGUAAUGUGUGAUCAUAAAUUCACAGUAAACACAUACCAAUGCACAGAUUUGAUUUAGAGGCUGAUAAGAGCUCAGUAAACCUGUAGAGUAUAGCGUUAUGUAAUAUUUCUUGAGGCACUAGAUUUACAGCGGCCACUACCUUUUAUUGACAUUGCCAGCUCUAGCUGUGUCGCAGGUGACUUUGGGUGAGGCUGCUGUAAAUUGUUUACCACGCAGCACGUCUAUGACUCGGGGAAAGGCUUAGAUAUAUUUUCUUACAGUGAAUUUUAUGUCCCUUUGGUUCCCUGAAAAGCUGGGCUUGGGCUAUGAAACCUUUUUAAACAGCAGAGGCAUUUGAGCAGAGUGCUGUCUAUCUUCAGGUGCUGCUUAGAGGCGCAAGAAGAAGGCAUUGUUCUCUUCACUUUUUUGUCUUCACUGCUGCUGAUCUAACUGACGUUUUGAAAUUUAAAAAACAUGCGUUCCACUGAGGAAGGACCACCAUGCCCCCCUGGAGUGGUAGAGACAAACAUCAGCAGCAGCAGCAACAACAACAGCAACAACAACCAGAUGAGUAACAGAGAAAAUUAUAGAAACUCAGGCUCCCAGUAUGCUCUGUGUGCUUUGGGAGUCGGCCUCGUCGCCCUCGGAGUAGUGAUGAUUGUCUGGAGCGUGGUGCCUGCGAACACAGCUUUCAAUAACAGCAGCGGUUCAGGGGGGAAUGAUGGCACUGAGGGCAAGAAAAAUAAAGCGUCCUCUGUGGCCUUUGUGCUGGCCGGCUCCGGGCUAGCUUUGCUGCUGCUGUCUCUGUGUGUGGGAAUAAGGAACAAACAGCGGGAGCAGGUGAGACGCCAGGUGGCCCAAAACCAGAGAGAAGCAGCGAGGGAGCAGGAGGAGAGAGAAACGGCUGGGGAGCAGGCCCACCGCUAUUCAGUGCCUAGCUAUGAGGAGGUAGUAGGCAGCGGGCAGUACCCUGUCCGCCAGAGCAACUUUCGUCCAAGCAUCUCCCAGCUGCCAUCCUACGAUGAGCUGGUUGAAGUCGACGGCAUCCGUUAUGAGAACGAGGGCGCAGAGGUCAACACUACCAUACCGCAGCCUGCCCCGGCCUGUAGCUCUCCUAAUGCUACCAUUUCCACAUCAAAUCAUAGACAUCGAAAAAACAGCCUCAGUUUCCUGCCCAUCAAAAUCCGAAGGAUUAAGUCGGAAAAGCUACCCAUGAAAAGCAUUGGCAACACUCAGCCAGCAGCUGAAAUCAGUAUUGAACCUCUUACCCCUCCACCACAGUAUGAAGAUAAGGUGCCUCCGCUUUGAGAUCAAACCACUGUUUAAAACUAUUGACUGAAAUUCCUGCUAACUUCCAUGGCCAGCGCUUGUGGAUCUGCGUGUGCUUUGCACAGCCAAGAACUGAAUGUGGUCGAAGGACCUUAUCUAUUCAAAUUUGUCAUCAUGGCUCAUGACUGUAAAACACUCAAGGGAAGAAGCAUGCCUUUUAUGGGCUUUACUGGAUCACUCCAUGCGGUGACUAAAAUUUGUUAAGCUGUAGCAUUUUCCAUUUUAUGUUUCAGUUAAUACAAAACGUUAAGAAACCACCUUCACUUUGUAUUUAUUGUAAAGGUGAAUUAAUGGUAGUAUGGUAGAGCUCAUGAGGCAUUUUGGAGGGGUUGUUUUGAGGAUUUGUUAGUAAGUGGGUACGUGCACUCAUUUUGGCAGGUAACUGCCAUUUUGGCUACUUUUAAAGACGGAAUUAUUGCCGUUAGUGGAUAACCAAACAGGGACCCUAAAAUUGUUAAAACUAUGUAGUAUGUUGUAAAAAAGUUUGAUCAAGCUUAAGCUAGUGUUUUAGCUGGUGGCUAACAAACUGUUGGACUGCAUUUAAGGAGAAUCAAAGUUGAUUAAACUCUGCAACUAUUCUCAGAUACUUCACUGCAAUCCUGUUUUAACCAACAAAGUUAACAAAACACUGAAAAGAAGGCACUGGUGUUUUUUAUAGCGAUCAACCUGGUAAAUAGCUGCCACAAUACAGAUAAGCAUUGACCUGAAUAACGUCUUGAUAAGAGUCCAGAUUUGACUCUCUGUUAAACUAUGGCUCACUUUCUAACCUACUUACGGCUCAAUCUUUACCUUCAUAAAAACUAAGUUGUAUGCUUUUUUUUUUACUUUAGUAACAAUAAUAAUAAUCUCCCAUUAAAAAAAGUUGCAUUUCUCUAACAGUGAUCUGUAGGGAUUACUUUAACCUUCAUAACCAUUCUCCUCGUGUUGCAUUGCGGCAAGACCAACUUGGGUUUUCACCAAGCCCUGCGUGUCACAGUUCCAGUUAUCUACACUGUUUUUGUAAUUACUCUGGCAGUAAGCAGGCUUUGGAGAUGUAGCAAUUGCCUAGUUUGUGCAGAUCAACACACAUCAGCCCUAGUUGAAUGGUAUGUUUUAUUGUCUUCCCUGUUUUGAAGACUAGGUUUUUGUGUCACGCCAUAUGUAUGUUCAGUGGAAACAGGAAGACAUUACAAAUUGAUCAAUCCUAGCCCCUCUGAUCAUCUGGAAAAGUAAAGUUAUGUAUUUAACAUUUGCUUUAGUUACAUUUAUUUUAUAGGAAGUUUUAGGGAUGUCAAAAUAUUCAUAGUCCCCCACCCCCAUAUUGAAUCAAUGUACUCAAACAAAGGUUGGAUUUUUCUACAUUUUCACUCUGAGAUUAGAAAUCCUAUUAUUUUUUGGCUUUUUGUACCUAUGCACCAGAGGUGCCAAAAUCCAGAAGCCGCUGUAGCGAACAUUAUACUGGACUCAUAUGUUUACAUGUUUAAUAAAUAGAUAAGGCAGUAGAAAGUACAAAUGGCACCGUUCGAUAUUGUGGUGCAAACCAAGUUUCAUGCAUGUGUAAAGUGGCUGUUUCAUUAAAGCAGAAGAUGUGAGGGACCAUGUUUUAAACGUAUUUGUACUCCUAGCUUGUGCAGCAACUUUGGUUACAGUGGUAAAGUUGUGUUUGGUAACCAGUUAACAGAAAUGACUUCAAAGGAGGAAAUGAGUUUCCAGGAACCAUUAGGAGUCGUAGAUUUAAAAAAAUGCUAAUAUCUGACUUUGAAUGCAUCAGUGAAUACCCUCCAGUCGUACACACCAAAGUAUUUUUACUUCAAGAAAUUAGGUUCAAAACAUUUCAAAACAAAUUUCCUGACUCCAAUGUUCUUUUAAGGAAAGUGUUGCUCUAGGUUUUGCACACAGCAUGAUGAGGGAUGAAUCUUCUUGCAAAGAUGUUUGCAAGAACUUGUUGAAUAGUUAUAAGCCUGUGCUCAGUAGUUGUGAGUUGUAAAAUCGGCAGUCUAGUCUCUUCAUCUCAGGGCUUGUUUUUUUUUUUUUUUUUUUUCUGGAUGACCAACAGAGAGACUCAUUGAGUGUGUAGCUGCACCACCGUUAUUUCAACCACAACUUUAACUGCAGUUCCGCUUUCACUCUGAAGGUAAGCAGGAAAAGGGCGAAAAAUGAAAAUAGAGGGCUCAGGCCUUGUUUUUUCAUGGAAGUGACUUGUGUUACAGCGGUAUGCAGGCUUGUCGGUACAGUUUUAGAUAUAAACAGAGGAUGCCAGAGUGACUCAGUCAUUUAAGUCAAUGUUACUCAUUUUGUGAAGUUGCACAAUCUAGCUUUUCUCUAUGUUUUGCUAAAGGAAAAUCCCUCUAGUGUUUCACAGUUAUUUGAAAGCUGAUAUCUGUCACACAGUGUAUCAGUUGUCCAGUGGACAUCAGCAAUGUACCUUUUUUUUUUUUUGCAAAAAUCUGUUUAGGAAAAAUAUAAAUUGUAUACAUAUGUUGCCAAAUUGUUUAACAUUAAUUGUAAGUAUUUGGAUGUAAGAGUCACUUUUUUACAAUGAUUUUUUUGUCAGUGUCAUUUAAUAUUGCCCUCUUAUGACUACAGUUUGUGUAUUUUAUAUGUGCUGUGGAAAAAUUAGGAUCUUGUUAUAAAAAUUUUGUUUUUGUGCAGAGGUUUGAAAAGUUAUUUGUCUCAUGAAUAUUUAUGAUUAAUAAAGAAGAAUCUUUUGUUUA